AAAGACGCUUGAGCAGAGAAAGAGAGCAGGACUUCAAUGAACUUGGCUGCUGCACACUGAACUCCGUGGUUCUCUCUCUUCCUCUCUCUCGCGCGCUCUCUAUUUUUUUUACAGCCUAAAAAGUAUUUAACUUCACCUCACUAUAAGUUGACUAGGCUACACCAGCAAGGCGUACUCUUCAGGGUUUUUAAUGACGGACAGCUGAAAUCAUGUUGCACGAAAAGGCGCUCGGUGCUUUGGGACCUUUCCGGUUUCUGCAUAACAGCUGUGCGGCGGUGGCGCGCUCUAAAAUGAAAAACACUUUGUGAAACGGCAAUAACAGACUUUAAAGGGGGAAAAAAACGAGAGAAAAAGCUGCGCGCUUGGAGUUUCAGCAGGACUCCAGGGCUCAUCAGAUGCGUGUUGGAAAGGAACGGGACGCAGUAGUGGGCUGCGCACUGACUUCAGCUGGACUUUAUCCUCAGAGCCCACUUGGACACACAGCACCUAGCACAGAACGUCGCGUCUUCUUUUCCAUGUCUUAUCUGAGACCCUUUCUUGCGGAUAUUUGCUUUUUUUGGUCGUUGUGGAUGUUUCUGUGGAUCCACCGGAGAGUUUUAUAAGGUGAUCAGAUACUUUGACAGCGUUUUCCUGUGUUUGAGGCGCGUUCUUGCUGCGCGUUUCUAUUAUAAUGAGGAGAAGUUUGGACGAUGACAGGCUCACAGUUACAGUAUCUGUUUACAUCAAUCAGAUCAGAUGAAUUUACAUUACGUACAGGUCAGUUAAGUGAUUAAUGAAGGAUCCACGUCGGUAAUAAAUAGUUAAAUACAAAAAAAUAUUGCUAAUAAUAACAACAGUAAUAAUAAUGGCCAGCUCGAACCGGAGCCGUGGAAGUGCGUGCCGGCUAGUGGCAUUUUGAUCGCGCCGUCUUCUGCGCCUCGUCUCUCCGCCUCGUAGUGAUCAUGGUGCCGGUGUUCGCUUUGCUCAUUGCGCAGCUCUUCUUCGGAGGCUGCACGGGUCUCCUGCCUGAGAUCGGGCGCCGAAAGAACAGCUCUCACCUCUCCCAGGGCGCGCUGGACGCUUUCGAGCUUCGUCUGCUCACCAUGUUCGGGCUGAAGCAAAGGCCGAGUCCGAGCAAGUCAGCAGUGGUGCCGCAGUACAUGCUGGAUCUGUUCACCACGUAUUCAGCCAACAGCGCCGAGCAAAAGCAACACAAAGCGAAGAACACAGUGGGCAGGAGCGCAGACAGAUCCGCUAGUCGGGCGAACACAGUACGCAGCUUCCAUCAUGAUGAAUCUACAGAGGAGCUGUCACAUCACAGUGGAAAGACAACUCAAAGGUUCCUCUUUAAUCUGAGCUCCAUCCCAGGAGAGGAGUUUGUCACAUCAGCAGAGCUGAGGAUUUACAGGGAGCAGGUGAUGACGAACAGUAGCAGCAACAGCAGUGCAGGGUACCAUCGCAUUAACAUCCAUGAGAUCAUCAAGCCUGCACUUCCUUUUAAAGAGCCCAUCACAAGGCUUCUAGACACUAGACUGGUUCAGCACAGCCUGAGCAAGUGGGAGAGCUUUGAUGUGAGUCCUGCUGUCUUGCGGUGGACCAUGGAGGGUCACGCCAACCACGGCUUUGUGGUGGAGGUGGUUCACCCAGGCGAUGCAGAAGGAUCCUACAAGAGACAUGUCAGAGUCAGCAGGUCGUUGCAUGACAGCGCAGACUCGUGGCCUCAGAUGAGGCCGCUGCUGGUGACGUUCAGCCACGAUGGCAAAGGACACGUGCUCCACUCUCGGGAGAAACGGCAAGCACGAGGCAACAAGCCAAAGAAGAAACACAAAGCCAACUGCAGGAGGCACUCACUCUAUGUGGACUUCAGCGACGUGGGCUGGAAUGACUGGAUAGUGGCACCACCAGGCUACCAUGCCUUUUACUGCCAAGGAGAGUGUCCUUUCCCUCUGGCAGACCACCUAAACUCCACUAACCAUGCCAUUGUACAGACACUGGUCAACUCAGUGAAUAGUAACAUUCCCAAGGCAUGCUGUGUGCCCACAGACCUGAGCCCCAUUUCCCUCCUCUAUUUAGAUGAGUAUGAACGAGUGAUCCUGAAAAACUACCAGGACAUGGUGGUGGAAGGCUGUGGGUGCCGCUGACGGACACAGACACUACAACACACUUUUGCAAAGACACUUUAUCUCCCAUUACUACCCUUUAUUUAUGCUAAGUAAAGUUUUUUUAAAGGAUAAAAACACAUAUUUUGGAAAAAAUAUAUAUAAAUCUAUAUUUAUGUCCACUAAUGGGAAAAUAAAUAUUUUAAUUGGA